GGCGGCUAGUCAGUAUGUACGCGCAGUCGCCAUGCCCCGGACGUGCAUGUUGUUGUCGUUGUUGUUGUCGUGCGCCGCCUGUGCGCACGCCGCCGCCGCGUCCACUAUAGUGUCACCGCCGUCGUUCCGGUCGGCCAACCUGACGGCGGCCGGUCUGCUGGCCGCCACCAAGUAUGGAAAAACGGUGUUGGCCGGCGACGAGAUCACCGUGGCCGCCCAGGAGUACGCCGACUGUUUGGUGUUCCGCGUGCAAGCCCGAACCCGCGGUUACGUAGCUUUAGGAUUCGUGGACCCGUUCGCCUCUUCAGUGGACGUGUUGCUCGCUUGGGUCGACGACGACGCCGGCACCGGACACGUAAUGGAUAUGCAUGGCAAAACUGAAACAGGUCUAACACCGGAAAAGGAUGUGAGCCAGGACUACGAGCUACUGGCUUCCUUCCAAAAUGGCUCUCAUAUAUCCGUCGUCUUCCGAAGGGCUUGGGACACCUGUGACGCACACGACGACGUUGUAUUUGGGACUGACACCAUGCGUAUGUUUUGGACCAUGAGUGAUCGAGAUCCGAUCGACAGACAAUAUACUGAUGCAUUGAAAUUAGGCAGCUCAUGGAAGGGUACUCAGAGUUUCCAUCCGAGAGGUCGAAAGUUCAAACCGAACACGGAUUACUACAAGCGAUGGGACGUCACAAUGGAUAACUUACGCAUAAAAGACGACGUUGACACAUUGUACUGGUGCAAAAUUUUCAAAGCUCCGAAGAUCUUUAAGAAAAACCAUAUUGUUGGGUUCGUGCCUUUGCUGAACGACGACACUAAGCGACUUGUCCACCACAUGAUCCUCUACGAGUGCUACGGUGGCCCAGCCACAAUGGAACAGUACGUGACGCUAAAAGGCGCCCAGUGUUAUGGGCAGGGCAUGCCAGACGACUGGAACAAGUGCGUGUCGCCGGUGGUCACUUGGGCGAUGGGCUCGGACGGGCAAUUUUUGCCCGAUCACAUUGGCGUUCCGAUUGAUGGUCGUGAAGUGUACUACAUGUUGGAGGUGCACUACGACAACCCCACGCUGAAAAAAGUAAUGGACAACUCAGGCGUUAGGGUGUACUAUACGGAGUUUUUGCGCCCCAAUGAUGCGGGCAUCAUGGCUGUGGGCAUGGCUGUGUCUCCGAUGCACAUCGUACCGCCGAAGCAGCUUGCCUACAGGACAGCCAGUCUGUGUGACAAGGAUUGCACAAACGUCAUAUUCCCGGAAAGGGGCAUAAAAAUCACGUCCGUCCUUUUGCAUGCCCACAUGGCGUCCAGGCAGCUCAAACUCCGGCACGUCCGGCACGACCAGGAAAUGGCUACCAUAGCUCAGGACGACCGUUACGACUACGAUUACCAGCAAGCGAGAGAACUUUCUAAAGAAGUGACUGUGUUUCCAGGUGACGAACUAAUCACAGAAUGCGUCUAUAACACAGUUGAUCGCCCGCAGCUAACGCACGGUGGUUAUUCGACCAAACAAGAGAUGUGCUUGGCGUUUGUCACGUACUACCCGCGUACGCCACUGGCAAGCUGUUUCAGCAUGACGCCGGUACCGUUCUUCUUCGAAACGUUUGGCGUCCAACAGUUCUUGGACUACAACAUGGAGGGCGUGGAGAAAAUCUUCUUGAAACUGGCCGAAAGCACGACUAAAAAUCCACCUUCCCAAACGACUACGACCACAACAACGACGAUGCCCGCGGUUAAUAACGCGAAAAUGUUGGACGAACUCAACCAGGCGCACAUUGCGUAUUUGAUGAAACCGCCGUCGUUCACGAUCGACGAUGGCAACGAACAAAAUCUAUUCAGGGAUUUGGAAAUCAUGGAACCCAUCGAAUUCCAGAACAAAACGUUCCAACAGCAUUUGGAAAACUUGCCGUGGGAAGACAGCCUGUUGACAAAAACCAUCGAAAGGCGACUGAUCAAUGGCAAACACAUGACGUUUUGUCGGCUACAUAACGACACGUUGGCCUUGAUGAUGAAUACGUACUUGUUUCCGAACUUCACGGCUUACACUGAGCCGAAGACCUCAAAUGUCGCAUGCGUGCCGUUAUCGAACAAAUUCGAAAACUCUGCCUUGACAGUACAAAGUUCCUACGUAUUGAUUUUAUUAAGUAUCGCACUGAUUUAUAUAUUAUAUAAGGAACAAAAAUAAUAAUUAUUAUUAUUUUACCUAUACCUAUAUAAACCUCUCACACACGUUGUGGUCCAGCUCAUAGAUUUAAGUACAUUUUACCAAAGUCACAUUUUUAUUUAUAUUUUGUAAUUUUUUUUUAAUAAACGUAUCAUUUUGAAUUUUGUAAAUAA